CUCCCCGCUCUCCCGCGCCUUCUUUCCCAUCCUCCCUUCCGCGCACUCCACCCUGUCUCCGCGCUCCUCGCUUUCCCUGCGCCGCACCCCUAUCCCGCGUUUCACCCUCUCCCCGCGCCCUGGUCCCGCCCCGCACCCCCCUCCUCCGCACUCUUGACCGGUGGUGGCGGCACCGACCAAACCCCUCGCUGACCAGGGCCGCAGGCCGAGCGGGCUGGGUGGUUGUUCCCUGGUGUGAACUCGUAGUCAGCUGGGUUGGGGGCUGUGUCAACCCUAGGCUCUGCGGCCAUGAAGGUGAAGAUUAAGUGCUGGAAUGGUGUGGCCACUUGGCUCUGGGUGGCCAACGACGAGAACUGUGGCAUCUGCCGGAUGGCCUUUAAUGGCUGCUGCCCGGACUGCAAGGUGCCGGGCGACGACUGCCCGCUGGUGUGGGGCCAGUGCUCCCACUGCUUCCACAUGCACUGCAUCCUGAAGUGGCUGAACGCGCAGCAGGUGCAGCAGCACUGUCCCAUGUGCCGCCAGGAGUGGAAGUUCAAGGAGUGAGGCGCCCAAGCCCCGGCCGCGGACUGGCCGGCCACACUCUCCCCUGGCGACAGCCCCCUCUGGGCCGCGACAGGGUUGACACGAGGACUGGAGCUGCGUUUGUUUUCCUUCAGAUGGUGACGCUUUCAUCCAAUAAGUAGAGCUCAU